AUGGACGAACAUCUUCAUUGGAAUCUAAAUCACAAAAUUUUAGCAUCUAAAAAAAUGAUAGAAAAGGAGAAAAGCUUCUUAGCAAUUCCCAACAGAUGGAGAAACAUCUACCAGCACUGUUUGCCAGAGUGUCUCUCGAAUGUUACAGUCAACUUUCGAAAGAUUCUUGUGUUUUCUGUUGUUUGUUUAAAGCAUUAA